GUGGUUUCGGCUCCUGACAGGGGCGCAGACAGUAGACUGUGGAGCGGUGCAGCGACUGUCAGAAACAUCCGGGCAGAAAGAUGUCGGUGGCGUGUCUGAGUCGAAAGGUUUUGGUUUUAAGGAAUUCUGGUAUGAUGGUGAUGGUGCGGUAUGCUCAGACUGCAACUGCUCCGGCUCCUGAACCCACGAUCAAAAAGUUCCAGGUUUACCGCUGGGACCCCGACAAACCCGGAGACAAACCACGAAUGCAGACGUACGAAAUCGAUCUCAACACCUGUGGUCCAAUGGUUCUGGAUGCCCUCAAUAAGAUCAAGAACGAAAUAGACCCCACGCUCACAUUCAGACGUUCGUGCCGUGAGGGUAUCUGUGGCUCAUGUGCCAUGAAUAUAAAUGGAGGAAACACACUGGCCUGCCUCAACAAAAUUGACGCCAACACUAGCAAACCCACCAAAAUCUACCCGCUUCCACACAUGUAUGUCGUGAAAGAUCUUGUACCUGAUAUGAGCAACUUCUAUGCGCAGUACAAAUCCAUUGAACCCUACCUGAAAAAGAAAGAUGAAUCUCAGGAGGGGAAGCAGCAGUAUUUCCAGUCAGUGGAGGACAGACAGAAGCUGGAUGGCCUGUAUGAGUGCAUCCUCUGUGCCUGCUGCAGCACCAGCUGUCCCAGCUACUGGUGGAAUGGAGACAAAUACCUGGGGCCCGCUGUCCUGAUGCAGGCAUACAGGUGGUUGAUCGACUCCCGUGACGAAUUCACCGAGGAACGUCUGUCUAAACUUCAGGACCCCUUCUCACUGUACCGCUGCCACACUAUCAUGAACUGCACCAAGACUUGCCCCAAGGGACUCAACCCGGGAAAGGCUAUCGCAGAGAUCAAGAAAAUGAUGGCGACUUACAAAGAGAAGAAAGCAGCAGCUUCAUGAACAUGUGAAAAUGAAACUGGUUCAGGAUCCACUAAUAAUAAUACCUCAAACUCAGGAAGAUGUGGUCAGCCAGCCACAAACUUUGCCUACAGCAGCACAUGUUGUGUUCUUGAUGAGUGUCUGAGUUGUGUGGGUGAGUGUGUUUAAGGGAGCAGGAAGAUGGAAAUUCUGAGAAAAGGGUUCCAGAAAGUAUUGUACAAAAUAUAUCAAGUGUUGCAACAUGUUGGACAACAGUUCUGCUUUUUGCAUACUGUACUACAUUUGCUUGAAAUUGUAUCAGAAUAGUCAUUAAACAUGAGUUAAGCUCAAUAUGGAGGAUGCGCCCUUUUAAUUGCUGAUUGCCUUUUCAAACUUGCAGUAAUUGAUACUGCAGGAUAAUGAGAAACACACAUAUCAAAUGUUUCGUCACAGUGACAUGAUUUUGUGUUUUUUAUGGCAAUAAACCUGCACUUGUUGCUAAAUGAGAACGA